UGUCAACCACAGCACGUGUGUUUUGCGAGCCGGCGCGACGAAAGAUUCCAAACAAACUGUAGAAAACUGUUCGCCGUGUAGUGAAAUAAUCGUCGUGCCGUUCAGUUAUUAGUUACAAAACCAACAGAACAAGCCACAAUGUCGGGGGCCAACGAUAAGAGGGAAGUGGCCGAGGAUCAAAACAUCGAAGAUUGCAUCCUGGCAGCGGCGAGUGAUGAUGACAUGAGCGACGAGGACGAGGCCGGUGAAGAAAAGGUGAAAGCGAAGGUAUACUUACCCGGACACAAUUUAUCCCCCGAGGAGGAGCUGGUUUGCGACGAGUCCGCCUACAUUAUGCUGCAUUCGGCCCACACGGGUGCGCCCUGCCUCAGCUUCGAUGUCGUACAGGAUCCGCUCGGUGAGGAUCGGGAAGAUUUCCCAAUGACCGCGUUCGUCGUGUCCGGAACGCAGGCAGCCCGCACCCACGUCAACAGUGUGAUCGUGAUGAAAAUGUCCAACCUGACGCGAACGUCGAAGGCCAAGAGUGGCGAUGACGACGAGGACGACGAGGAUGAGGAGGACAGUGAUGACGAGGAUGUUGGCGGAAUGGGGGAGGAUCCGCAUCUGGACUGUGCGUUGAUUAAGCACGCCGGGUGCGUGAACCGAUUGCGGGUUACGACGUUCAACAGCAUCCAGUACGUGGCCACGUGGAGCGAAAUGGGCAAGGUGCACAUUUACAACAUUAACGAGCAGUUGGCGGCGGUCGAAGAUAAGCAUGCAUGCCGGACGUACCAGGACAACAAGGUCGGGGAGGCCAUAAAGCCAGACUUCACCUUUUCCGGCCACCAGAAGGAGGGUUUCGCGAUGGACUGGUGUACGACGACACGGGGCAUGCUGGCGACGGGCGAUUGCCGGCGGGACAUUCACAUUUGGCGCCCGAACGACAAGGGUUCGUGGACCGUCGAUCAGCGACCGCUGAUUGGGCACACCGAUUCGGUCGAGGACAUUCAGUGGAGCCCGAACGAGCCGAACGUGUUGGCGUCGUGUUCGGUGGAUAAAUCGAUCCGCAUCUGGGACUGCCGGGCGGCCCCUUCGAAGGCGUGCAUGCUGACGGCGGCGAACGUGCACGAGAGUGACGUGAACGUGAUCAGCUGGAAUCGGAACGAACCACUGAUCGCUAGUGGUGGCGAUGAUGGAGUCCUGCACAUUUGGGACCUGCGUCAGUUCCAAUCGAAAACACCAGUCGCAACGUUCAAACACCACACCGACCACAUUACCACCGUCGAGUGGCACCCGAAGGAAUCGACCGUGCUGGCAUCGGGCGGUGACGACGAUCAGAUCGCACUGUGGGAUCUUUCCGUGGAAAAGGAUGAGGAUGUCGAGGACGCGGUCACGAACGAUGAUCCACGCCUGAACGAUCUGCCCCCGCAGCUGCUGUUCAUUCACCAGGGACAGAAGGAAAUCAAGGAACUGCACUGGCACCCGCAGCUGAAGGGUGUGAUACUAUCAACGGCUCACAGUGGUUUCAAUAUUUUCCGUACCAUCAGUGUGUAGUACCGAGGAACCGUUUUACACGACAGUGGUAAAGAAUAAAAUGAUCCACUUUUAUUUACACUUCA